AUGAGGGAGGCAGCGAAGGCCGACCAUCUGCAUGUGGACCCCCUCUUCUGCAGGAAGGUUUCUGUUGCAGACCUUGUAUUCCUGGUGGAUGGAUCAUGGAGUAUAACUGAGAAAAACUUCAAAAUCAUUCAAGACUUCUUGUACACCCUGGUUGAUAACUUUGACACUGGGGAAGAUAAAGUCCAGAUUGGUCUGAUUCAAUACAGCAGUCAACCCCACAAUGAGUUCUUCUUGAACACUUACCGACGCAAAGAGGACAUCUUGCACAGUAUACAGAACUUGCGUUACAAAGGCGGGGGUACAAAAACAGGGGAGAGUUUGCAGUUUAUGCUGGACACUCAGUUCCAGGAAAUGGCUGGGAGUCGACACAACGAAGGCAUCCCCCAGAUUGCAGUGGUGAUAACAGAUGGGCAAGCUCAGGAUAAUAUCCGAGAACCAGCAGAGGCAGUCAAGAAUGCAGGCAUCACGCUUUACGCCAUAGGCAUCAAAGAAGCUGUUUUAUCAGAGCUUCAGGAAAUUGCUAGUGACCCAGAUGACAUGCAUGUCUACAAUGUGGCAGAUUUUGCUGCUCUUCAGGGCAUCUCCCAAAGCAUACUUCAGGUGCUUUGUACUACAGCAGAGGAAGCUUCUCGACAAAUCAAUCAGGUUUCUCCAGUGUGCAGAAAAGCCACUGUGGCUGAUAUUGUAUUCCUGGUGGACAGUUCAAGCAGCAUUGAGAAGUAUUUUCAGAAGGUGAAAGACUUCCUCACUGUCCUGAUCUCCAGUCUUGAUGUUGGCAGUGACAGGGUUAGAAUUGGCCUGGCCCAGUACAGCCGUAAAACUUUCAAGGAGUUUCUUCUAAAUCAGUAUUCUCUGAAAAGUGAUAUUCUGGAACAUAUACAGAAUUUGACUUUGCGCGGUGGAAGUACUCACACAGGUGCUGCGUUAGAUUUCAUCAGGACUGAAUACUUCACUAAAUCCACUGGAAGCAGAAUGCAGGAAAACAUCCCCCAGGUACUCAUUCUCAUCACAGAUGGAAAAUCUAAUGAUGAAUUCAAAGUACCAGCCAGCAAACUGAGGGCAAGAGGAAUCUCUGUAUAUGCGGUGGGAACUGGUGCCCGGGCUACUGAUCGGCUUCAGGAAAUUGCCAGCAGGCCUUCUGAUAAGUUUUUGUUCAAUAUUGACAGUUCAGAUCUCACUAGAACUUUUCUCCAAGCCAUGUGCUUUGAAGUGGAGAGACAAAUUAAAGAUUCAUUAAAGCAGAAUGGUGAUGUCGUUUUCCUUGUGGGCUCCUCCGAUGUAAUGAAAUCUUCUACCUUUGAAGAAAUAAAAACGUUCAUUGCCAAAAUUGUUGAAUCCCUGGAUGUUGGGGUCAACAAAUACAGAAUUGGCUUUGCACAAUACAAUGAAGAUGGGCAGGUAGAAUUUCUGCUGAAAACAUAUGAGAAUGAGAACGAUGUUCUCCAUCACAUCCAGGGAAGUGUUCAAUUCCAGGGAGGCCCUUUGCAAACUGGGAGUGCCUUGAGAUUUCUGCGUGAUGCUUAUUUUACUGAAGAAGCUGGGAGUCGAUUGAACCAAGGAAUACCUCAAUAUAUUGUAGUGGUCACCUCAGAGAAAUCUGAAGAUGAUGUCACAGAAGCUGCUCAGGAGCUGAAAGAAACAGGCAUAAACAUCAUAACUGUUGGAGUCUUAAAUUCUGACAGGGAAGAACUGCAUACAGUUGCUACCUCUCCCUGGGUUUUCCAAGUGCAUGAUGAACAGAGCGUUAUUCAAUUUCACAAGAAUGUAAAGGAUAUUUUGGCUGGACCAGCUCAGAAAGAGUUCAAGGAUGCUCUAGCUGCAGAGGCUCCAGAAGAUUGUUCCAGUGCAUCUCUAGCGGACAUUGCAUUCCUUGUGGAUGAAUCCAGUCGGGUCGGUGAAGAGAAUUUCCAGUUGACCAAGGCUUUUCUACUCAGGAUUGUUAAUGCUCUGGUCAUUGGUCCAAAUAACGUACAAGUUGCCUUGGUACUUUACAGUGAUGAGCCAAGAUUAGAAUUCACUCUGGAUGCAUUUGAAGACAAAUCAGAGGUCCUGAACUAUCUGAAAAAGUUGCCAUACCAUGGUGGGCAACCGUAUACUGGUGCUGCUAUAGACUUCCUGAGAAAGGAGGUUUUCACUAAGGAGGCAGGUAGCAGGAGGGAUCAAGGAGUACAGCAGUUGGCUGUGGUGAUCACUGAUGGCUACUCAUUAGAUAAAUUCAUUGAACCAGCAUUCAAUCUUCGUCAUAGUGAUGUUACUGUGUAUGCUGUGGGCAUCCAAAACAUCUCAGAGAGCUAUUUGCUUCGUCAAAUUGCAACUCAUCCCUCAAGGAAACAUGUCAUCAACAUGAAGCAACCAGACAUUGAAUGGAAGAUAAAGAAACGGCUUUGUAAUGAGAUUGUGGAACAAGCAUUUGUAAUCCCAGUGAUGACCCGUAGCCUGAAAGGAGGCUGCCAGCAGACUGAGGAAGCAGAUAUUUAUUUCCUGAUUGAUGGAUCAGGCAGCAUCUUUCCAAAGCACUUCAGAGCCAUGAAGACUUUCAUGAAUGAAAUGGUCGAUAUGUUUCAAGUUGGCCCCAAUAGGGUUCGGUUUGGAGUUGUUCAAUAUGAAAGUUCUCCAAAACUGGAGUUCACAAUCAGCAAGUACGAAAUGAAGGCAAAACUAAAGAAAGCCAUCGACGCGAUCCAGCAACUGGGCGGUGGUACUAACACAGGAAUGGCUUUAAAAGACAUGAAGAAGAGGUUUAAGGAGGCUGCCAGGAACCGUGUUCCAAAGUACCUCAUCCUUAUUACAGAUGGUGAAUCCGAAGAUGAGGUGAUUGAACCAGCAGCAGAACUGCGAAAGGAAGGGAUUGAGAUAUAUGCUAUUGGUGUCAGGAAUGCUAGCAAAGAACAACUGGAUCAGAUAACUGGAAAGAAAAACCAGACUUUUUUGGUGAACGAGUUUGAUUCCCUGCAACGCAUCAAACUUGAUGUGGUGCGGGAGAUCUGUUCUCCUAAAGCAUGUCAGGACUCAAAAGCUGACAUUAUUUUCCUAAUUGACACCUCCGAAAGUAUGGAUGAGCUUCAGUUUGACCUGACAAAGGACUUCAUCAUCAGGAUUAUAAACCAAUCUGAUAUCGGUGCUGAUAAAGUUCAGAUUGGAGUGAUCAAGUACAGCUCCGAAACAAAAGUCGAAUUCCCUCUCAACAGGCACAGGAACAAAGAUGACCUGAAGUCUGCAGUAUCUGCAAUGGAGCAGAUAUUGGAGGGAACCUGUACAGGGAAAGCUCUAAGCAAUACUACUGUUUACUUUGACCAAACUGAGGGAGGACGACCAGAAGUCAAGCAGCACCUCAUAGUGGUCACAGAUGGAAAAUCUAAUGAUAAAGUGGAGGAACCUGCUAAAAGACUCAGAGAAAAAGGCAUCAUCAUCCAUGCUGUUGGAAUAGUCAAAGCGGUCUACUCCCAGCUUAAAGAAAUUGCUGGAACACCAGGUCGAGUGCUUAUCGAGGACAGCUAUGAAUCCCUUCCUUAUUUGGAAAAGACAAUACUCUUUCACAUUUGUAACCCCGAGGCGCCUGUUGAAUGCCAAAGACCAGAAGUGGCCGAUAUCAUCUUUGUAGUGCAUGGGUUGAGUUUGCAGUUCCAGAGUAUACAGCUGCUCAUGAAGGCCGUUGUAAAUAACUCAAUUGUUGGAAAAGACUAUGUCCAGUUUGGGGCUGUUAGCUACAACAGUGUUCCUUUUGAACAUUUUCCUCUGAAUAAGUUCUUGACGAAGACCAAAAUAAGGGAAGCUAUUGAUCAAAUGGCUCCUUUGCGUGGACAGGCCUUCACUGCAAAAGCUUUGAAUUUUGCAAGGGAAAGGUUUGGUGCAGCCUACGGUGGUCGGACAUCUUCUCUUGGCAUUGCACACUUUCUGGUGCUUAUCACUGAUAAGCCAACUGCACCAGCAGACAAACCCAAUCUUCAUACAGCAGUGCAGGCUUUGAAGAAGGAAAGAAUCAAGAUUGUUGCCAUUGGGACAGAGGCUGCAGAUACGACAGAACUCAAAGAAAUGGUUGGUGAUGAAGGGGCAUGGUUUUUUGCUCCAAGCUUCAGCAUGCUGGGAAACUUACGCCAAAAUAUAACUCGUGUUCUGUGUGAUGAAUCAAAACCCGGUAAGCUGGUAACUUUGAAAUGA